CUUUAUUACUGUAUGUGUUAUGAAAUUUCUAUUUGAGGUUACAUAAAUGUUUUCAAUAAUAAGGAGAAAUAUAUAUAUGUGUGACGUGACAAUCGCAUUUAAUAAUUAAUUAUAAAUUAUGCACUAGAUUUCGUUGAAAUGAAAAUUGGCUGGAUUCAGAAAGUCGUUGACAAAUGGCCAGGCAAGAGAAUAUUUGGGAUGUAUAGAUUCCUUCCCAUGUUCUUUGUAUUGGGAGCAGCAUUAGAAUAUUCUAUGAUAAACUGGAAAGUAGGUGAAAUAAGCUUUUAUAAUACUUUUAAGAAGCGUCAAGCCAAGGAUAUUGUUGAAGAAAAAAUAAGGAAAUACUCAGCUGUUUAA